AUGCUUCUGGCCUUGUCACCAAUUCCCUUGAUCAUCCACAGAGACUACUUGAAUUUCCUCUCGCUCGGUCCAGGUGGAACCCCAUCGACAUUCUACGGCUAUCUCAAAAUCACCAUCCUACGCCUUUUUGCACUUCCGGACCCAUAUACGCCUGCCACCGUCGCUGAAGCACUGUACCCUUCCGAGGGAUACUAUCAACGUGCUCACUCAUGGUUUCCGACUCGGAAAGGACCUCGGCCAACCAUCGCUGGGAUUGCUCCCCAACGCCAAAUCGACCAGACGGGAUGUCCUGACAUGUAUCAGCUUCUACGCACCAGCUUGAUCAACCUGGCCGCUCGACAUCCUGACAAAUUCCGGAUUGGACAAUCCUGUUUUGAGAAGAAGGGACUUGCUCUGUUUGCGCGCAAUCCAAUCAACAAUACCUGUCGUGGUGAAAUUGUUCACGUGCACCAUAGCGAUCGAAGCAUGCACAUGAAUCUACAUCCUGAUGAUGCCAAGAUUGUGCUACAGGAAGGUUGGGGUGAAAGACAUCCUCUGGCGAGAGGUGGGUGGAUGAAACAAUACGUCCCGCGCGAAUUCCUCAUGGUCUACUCUCCCCGCGAUCGUGUCGAAUUAGAAGUCGUUUGCCGAGUGAUCGAGGCAGCAGGCUUUUGGGUGAGUGGCGAGCGCUUCGAAAUCACCAUUGAUUCGGAACCGUUGGAAGGGGCUUCGAUGGAAAGUUGUGGGAAAUAA